AUGCCAUCUCCCAUAAACACAAAUGAAGAAAUAUCUUCUUCGAUUCACGAAGAAGUUCCCGAAACAAAGCCUUCUGAAUUCAAACUGCAGCAUGAAAAUUCUGAAAAUAAUGAUGUAGUUGAAGAAUCCGCUACAAAUGAAUCCUUGUUAGCUCCCAAAACUCGCAAUAAGGUUUCUACUACAAAACGCAAGGAAGGCAAUCCACUGGAGAAAUGUGUCGUUGAUUACUUUACUUCUAAUAAACGAUGCCAAUCGGAAACAACAGAAGUUGCUGACUUGCUAUUUCUUAAAAGUAUCUUGCCUGAUCUGCGUCAAAUGACAAAAGCCCAAAAACAUGAGUUCAAAUGGAAAACUAUACAAAAUAUCGGUUAA